UGACCCCUGGGUGACAUGAACUUUCAAGGUUUAUUUAUCAUGACUCGAAUAUAUUUACAUACAUAGAAAUGAUUUGCAUACACAGUGUCUAGUACGACACCAUGAGGUUGAUAAUCAUGUUGCUAAUAUAAAUCGUCGUUGAUCAACGAAUUAAAACAUUAAAAGUUGAAAUGACUGGGUCAGUUGAACGAAUUAAUUUCCAGUUCAAAGAUUCACACGCUUGCCAUCCAUCAAUUCAGUCAGUCGAGUAAAAAAUAUAUUUCAUGUCCACAGUGUUACUAAUAUAAAUGUAACAAAGUAGUUAUGGUUGACAAAUCUUGUUGGGUGAUACUCUUGAGCAUAUUUGUACUUUUGGCAACAUGUACACCCUGGGAAGUCAAAGGCUUGGAGCUGUGCGAUUUUUCAAACAUUUGCACUGGAGGAAACCUGUCAGAGUAUUCGGAAAGCUGGUUCGAGCCAAGGAAACAAUACAACUAUGUCCUCAACACUUCCCAACGUAUCACAGUCGUUAGUCACCGACUACGCCAAGGGAUUUCACUUGAAGAUAGCCAAACAAUUUACCUUCGAGGCCUGGUCAGUAUAACGCGACGAACUGGGGCAGAGGCCUGCGCAAUUGAUGUGGUCAUUUCCAAUUUGACCGUCUCCUAUGUGAAUAUCGAUACAAAUAUAGAUGUGACAUCACCUUUCAAAGAUUCCAUUCAUGCUGCCUAUGCUCUCCCAGGUUCUACCAAUACUGACGUCUCGCAAAAUAUCUGUCUUUCUCAUAAAGAUCAGUGGAAGGAUAACCUAGUUCGGUCCAUCGUAUCGGCCAUUAACAUAAAUAAGAAUGUACUUACGAUAGUCGAGAAACUGAAUGAAUUGGAUCUGCAUUCAGAGCCAGCCCAACCGACCACUUACCCUUCAAGGAUGACAUUGUAUGGAAGGAGUUCAGCCAAGGAACUGCGGGGCUUUAGAUUUCUAACCAGUCCUGGGAUGCCAAAUGAUGGGUUACCUCCGCACAAAGAUGUGUCCCCGGCAUCUGACGUUGAUACAAAUUCAGUUUCCUAUUCAGACAUCUUAAAUUUUGUCGAGGAAAAAGAUAAAUUUCCGCAGUAUGGGUUUCAAACCUUUGCAGUGAAGUGCAACAACACCAAUUUUGGUCCUGGAGUUACGAUUGAACAAUUUAAUGGGAAAGAAGAGCAAAUAAAUAUUGGAGGGUCGCAAAUGGUCACAAACAUUACGACGCACACGAUGCUAACUCUUCUCAAUGUGGAGAAAAUCGUCUCAACAUCAUUUUCAGCAGGCGACCUUGAAAAGUCAGAAACGUUGUUUUGGGCCCCACUAAAAUGGGAUGUGACUCCCCCAAAGGCUACGAACGACUCGGAACCCAUUAAUCACUUUCUCGCAGCGCUUUCUGAAAUUUGUAAGCUCAAUGGAAAUUCGGACACAGUGGAAUUUGUGGAAAAAAUGCGUAAAUUAGCGUCGGUGAUGCCAACCCACAUUCUGAGAGAGGGGGAAGACUUGAUACAAAAGAUGACUCAUUGUUCCACUGGACUAGAUCUUUACUACAGUGUGUUAGCCUCAUGCCAAUCCGAUGACACGGUAGAAUUUGUCGUUGAGCAUUUCCUUAGUGGAGGCGGAAAUCCUGGGAUAUUUAAGGGAUUUAUGUGGUCAUCCAUGCUAAUGCCGUCCACUCUCCCAGAGGAGGAACCAUACGCCGGUUCCCGUGCAGUUAGCGCAGUCACACAGCUAUUUCAUAACAGGGAACAACUGGCUUGGAAGGUCGAUGAGAAAAAUCUUCUCCUCGCCAUGGUCGGAUUUCUAAAGAAAAUUCGAACGAAGGAUGCUUUAAGGGACACAAAUUUUAAUACGAUUUUGACCCAAUAUAUUGAAACUUUGGAUGGUUUCAUUGCUCAAGACUCGGUUGACAUUGGAACGCGACUUGAAGCGAGGAAGUUAGUGGAUGCUUUACUGGAAGAAAGGGGUUUGAAUUAUGUUUCGACCAAGACUACAUGCUCACAAAUGGCUGGAAGUAAUGUAUACCAUUUACUGAAAUGUCUGGGAAGUUGUCAACCUAUAUUGUCCCAGUUACUGGAGAGUGUCACCCUUACGGAUGUGCAAGUACUGGCCUAUAUUUCGAUGAGAAAAUGUCCAGAUUUUGUAACAAGGUGGAAACCAGUCCUCGCCAAAUUCCUGGAAAACGAGGGAGCAGAUGAAGAAGUGAAAAAGUUUAUCAUUCACCACUCCCACGUGAUUAACGACCCAAUUUUGAGUGGAUCUUCCUCGGCUGAUCCGGAACCGAGCAAAGUUGGACGAACGUGGUAUCGUAAUUUAGAAGUUGUUGGUCACAGCGAAUACUCGAUUUCAAACUAUUCAUACUCGUGGCUGAUAGAAUUGAACGUUGUCAUGGGCAUGGAUUCACUGCCUCGAAUGAUAAGAAUUGACCUCGCAUAUUGGUCCAUCUACGGGAUGGACAGAUUUUAUGAGACUGAAUUGCUCCGAUCAUCAUCUGAGAAUUCUUCCAAUCCAGGAAAAUUUGACAUUUACUACACGCAUCGAGAAAGUGGUGAUAUCACGGUUGGAACAAGAAUGUUUUCUCUCGACUUUCCCAAAAUGCUGGAAAAAUUACAGGAAUAUAAAUCAAAACUUAACGACAAAUCAGAAUCCGAUCGUUCAGGAAUAUUGGCACUGAUUAAAGCAAAAAUUGACAAACUAUUCGAAAAUAGGGAAAUUCGCAUUUUGAAAACAAUCUUGCUUGAGAAUAGGAUUCAGCAAUUUCCAACAAUGAGUGGACUUGCAUUUAAGAGCGGCAUUCAAUUUGAUGGAGCCAUAUCGUUCAAUUAUAAGUCUUCAGUGUCGUGGAAGAAUAACGAAUUCUUUUCAAUUUUCGAAAUUAAUCUUACAUUUACAUUAGAACGGACAGAGACAGCGACCCUAGGAUUUGGUCACAAUGAGAACAUUGGUUAUGAAGUAGGAGCACACAAUUCGUUUACUUUUAACUUUGGCGUCAACGUUACCACACAAGAUGAUCAAAGGACUAUCCUAACAAAGCUGAUUUUCUCCCCUCCCCAAGACGGAGAUGAUGAUGAGAACAAAGUAUUCUUCAAGAAUGACUUGAAAUUUUUGAAAUUAUCACGGAUACAAUAUGUCGAUAGUUAUACGAGCGUCAGAAAAUCAGACCAUGUUUGGAACUCUGAAAAUUAUGAUUAUAUUUUCAAUAAGACCACGUCGGACAGGACGGUAGAAUUGGUUCACGGCCUGGCUUUACUGGAUAAAGGGAAAUAUAUCGACAAAUGGAUCAAAUUUGAGAAACCCAACCCAUUUUAUUACUCAAGAGAAACGACGUGUUCUCUCCCCAACAUCUUCAUUAGGUUGAAGCUAUCAGUUGGAACCCCUGGCAAAGCCUCGCUGGAAGUGAAAGUAAAUCCUGACAAUGCUACGGAAGCCAACACUUACAGUGGACAUUUGAGAAUUUUGGCCAACCGGAAGGAGAACUCCUUCACUACCACCUUGGAAAUUACUACUCCUGGACAACCUGUCAAAUUUGAAGUGAAAUUGGCUCAGGGUAUGUCCGAAAAGUCCCUGAGGCUUGCAGCUAUCGUGGGGCGAACAGAGGCAGGGGUUGAGCUGUUCCUUAAGCAUAAUAGGCUCAAGACUGACAAAGCACCCUAUGUCAUCGCUAGGAGAAAGAGAAAUGCCCUCAAAAUACCGAACGCUGGAGUAGAAGUAAAUGAUCCAUGGUCUCACAAAAUUUAUGAGUUUGGUGUGAAAGGCUGGCACAGGACAGGAACAUCCUCUUCUAACGUUGCUGGUGUGACCCCAACGGUCCAAGGGGCCCUAAUUUUUGUGGAGAAAGAACUAUUCUCUACCUGGGUCAUGCUUGACAGUGAUGGUAUUUUGCCAGUGUUGGACAGUAAAUUAAAUCUUUCUUUCUCCACUCGUCGCAACGUGACUAGGUCGAUUAAAGUAAAUCAAGCUCAUGCUGUUAUCCCAGUCGCAUCAGGAGAUGUCACAAAGCUGAACUUUGACAUAACGAACGAACGGUUAAUUGGAUCAGUAACCGUACUUGGAGAACAAUUCUCCACAAAUAACCCACAUAUAUCCGAAGACGGAUCUGUCAAUUAUGUCAAACUACACAGCGGCUUUGCACAAAUUUCUCACAGAGGAAAUGGGAGUUCGAGUUCAUUGUUGGCAGCCGAGUAUACUGGAUUCGAAAUCAAUGAUGGUUUUGUAGAAAAUAUCUCCGAUGUGAAAUCCUCUUUAAAACGAUGCAAUAUUUUCGGAACCAUAGAAUCAUCUACGAUUCCCUUGAUUCAUACAAAUUUUGAUUAUUGGCUGAAUGUGAGCAACGAUUUAAAUACCACAGCCUCACUCGACAUGCAGCCAAUACACUUUCCAGCUUACCAUUUGAACGCCCGGUGUUCCAUGGUUGGUCAAAAUGUUAGCUUGGAAACGUCACUGGGACAUGAUGCCUGGGUUAAUAUCUCCAAAGGAGAAUUUUGUUCCGAUUUAUCUGGCGGCGUCGAAUGUCGGCAUGUUAUAGAAAUGAACAUGGAGCGUGGAAUUGUAGUUUACAGCAGUCACUGGGACUGGACGUACCCACGAUUCGAACAAUCAGGAAGUCACGAUUAUACGAACAUGGCUUUCAUAAACUUUAGAAAAUUAAACAGAGCAACUGAUUCUGGAUAUGAGUGCAAUGUCGCCUUCAACAUGACGGAUUUUGCAAAUAGUUUAGAAGCACGGAUGACGUACAACGGAACGUUUGUCAAUCAACCAACGGGUCCAAAAUACAGUUGGAAUGGCAAUUAUGUUGCCGAAACAUUCGUUCAAAAUCAUUUCGUAACUGCAACAACCGUUAGAGAACUUCAAGGAGAGUUAAAAGAAGAAAGUUUGAAAGAGCCAAUUUCAAUUUAUUAUCACGACGAUUCCGGCGUGUUCCUCCUCAAAAGAAAAACAAUAUUCUUAAUAAAUGACACGAAUAAUGUCUACGUGGACCUAAACUUGAGCUAUGACUUUACUGAGGACAGAGAUGACAAAGUACAAUUGGUGUCAGCAUCGUUAAUGACGAAAGAUUAUGUGACCGUGAAGUUAGAUGCUACCCCUGCAAAGAUUGCAGCCAUGACAGAAGUGAUUCCACUCGACUUUAAUGUCAACGUCAACCUCGUCUGGUCCGAGAAGACCUCUGACAAGGGAGGAGAUGACAUCUCAUCCUUUAAGGGAUCUAUUACGUCAUUUAGCCUGCAAAAUCCACGACUGCGUUAUGUGGCAUUAGAGACGGAAAACGAGUUGGAGGAUUUCCCAGUGACUAAAAGCAUUCAGAACGUAUUAGAAGGCGUAAAUCUACCAUUGUGGUCCAAUGUUCGAAUUUUCUCAAAGACUUAUCUGCGAAUCAAGUCAAUAUCUCAGAAAGUUACACUGGCGGUCACAUUCUUCCCGGACGAGAAAAUACCAACGCCCGCUCUGUUCCUCGAAUGGGUUCUUCCAACUGCGGACAAGUUUUUGAUCCAGGUUAAGAAACAAUUUGUUUAUGCCCAUGUCAAAGACAGAGACGUAAAAUUAUCAGAUUCUGCCACCGCUACCCCUUGCCUCGUUUUGGGACAUUGGAUCAAAAUGGACCAACCUGGAUACGAGUCCUUCAGUUCAGAUAUGCUACUCAAAACCUAUUACCUUCAAAAGAAACCCACCGCAGAUGGGAAAUUUAAGCAACUUUAUGAUGUCGAUGCAAUAUUCAACUACAGCCUCCACCACCACGAAUUCUUUGUCCCCUACUUUGAUACACAUUUUCGCCUAAAUGGGAACCUUAAAAUUACGCAAGACGGAAGUGGAACAGAAAAUGACGAGUCAAAUUCUAAUGAUAAUAGUUCUCCAAAGCGAUGGGAUGAAUUCUCAAUGUCAUCAUUUUCAAAUAAACUUGAGAUAACUUUGAAUGCCAACGGCAGACAGCAAUUUCCUGAAACCAAUCUAGGAAUUGAAGCCAACCAACUGUUAAAAGCUUCAGAAAUGGCAGCAGAAUUGACGGAACGUAACGAAAAAGUGAUUCGGGCUUACUUCAAGAAUAAUAUGGUCCACCACGAAGCCCAUAUCAGCAUGAAUUCGUCCGCAGUUCCAGCGUCUUCUACAAUUUCUGUCGUUGAUUUGGCCGACAACAGUAUGGACUCCUGCCUUCGAACUGUGACGUCCCAAAAUGGAAUCCUAUACAGUCGGAGGAACGACUUUGGGUAUGGAUUUAGUUCGAAAAAUUUGCAGAUUUCUGGGAAUGCCGUCUUUGAUCUGGAGGGCGAGCAUAAAUUAACGAGAAUUUACAAGACCUGGCGAAAGUUUGAGGUCGGCUGUAACCAUAUUAUAAAGUCUACAUUUUUUAACACGACUUGGGAAGACAAAAUCUACUCCAGUAUCGAACCCACCGCAAAUACCGGCAUUAUAGGAGCUUACUCCACAAAGUUGUUUAAUCUGACACUGGAACGAAAAGACCCAUCAGAGGGAAGUCUCACACUUAAUAUCAUUCCAGAACCUGCAAGGACGCUUCUCGUGACCAAAUUCGUCCGUUCGCUGGUUCCCAGAGAACAAACUCUCAAGUGGGAUCUCCACUGUGACUCUGCAUUCUUUCACAGUCAUCUAGAGGUAGAAAUAUUGCACCGCUGUUUUAAAAAAUUGGACAAUCCACUCGGGCCCGAACAUGUCACCAAAAUGGUCUACUCCAUUCCACACUCGUGUAAUGGCAUCAAUGAAACCUAUACUGGACAACUGGACAGCUUUUUGCAACACUAUUUUCUAGAAAUGGAGGACCGUGUGACUGCGGAAGUUGUCGCUCACGUGUUAAGUUUUACACGAGUGUCGCACCCUGUGGUUGCAUCGUCAUCCCUGAAAUUUGGGUCCACCACGACCGUCUUGAUCAAGGACCAUUAUCCCGUUUUCAUACAUCGCGAUUUUACAUCGAAUGGGUUAAGGAAUGGAACCGAUUGGUCAGAGUUUGAGGGAUCCAUGUCAGUCAGCGCCCCCACACCUUCAGCCCAACAGCCCCAGGUUGCUCAGGUCACGUUAAAUUAUGACAUGAAUGAACCUCGUAGGAGUGGAAACUUUGAGGUUUUUCUACGACUGGGCAGAGUCCCCAGCACGUUCUUAGAAACAUGCGACUUUGUGAAUGCGGAUCCAAUUUCCUUCCUUUCUUCCGAACUACAUCCAUACCAACAAAAAAUAAUUCAGCUUACGCCGGAAAUACUUAACCAAACUCAUUAUAGGAAGCUUUACUGUGAGAAGUGUGACAAUGAUGGUAGCAAAAGUUUGUCCUGUUCCGAGUCUUUUGGGACACUGGUUGCAGAACGACGACAAAAUUCUACUUCAAGAAGAACUGCAUUAUUGGUCCAGAAGGAAGACCGUUUAGUUGCAAACUGGUCCCAAGAUGAGUGUAAGGCGUCACAAUUUUCAUCCAAAAGUGAUUCAACUCCAGCAACACGGAAAAAUUUGAGCAAGGGCUGCACCUCAAUGUUGACGAAGAUGAAGGAGCGACAUCCGUGCUGGUUUGACCAAGGGAUAAAAUGCGACAAAUCUGCCAAGGCCAGGUCCACCUAUAUCUGGAAUAAAAUUGUUGGGCAGUUGAAACCCCUCAAAAUCACUGUGGUUAUGGAUUCAAUGUUAGUUUUUGCACAACUUCUGGUAGAAUAAAAUGGGCUUAGAUAUGAAUAUGUGAAUAUGUAAAUAUGGAAUCAAUUUCUCACCAAUUUUGUUAAAAUCAUGCCCAUUUUAAUGAAAUCAUAGUUGAAAAGUAAUAAUCGUAUUCUUCAAAAAAACAAACAAGUAAUGAGAUCAAUCUGAUUAUUUCAAUUGGUAAAUCUGAUGUCUCUAAUGUUUCAGACAUGUAUCAUUUUUGUCUAAUCAUUGAUAGCAAAGAACCCAAAACGAGGAUGUUAUUUUAUUAAACUUAAUUCACCAAAGUACAAAAGAAGAUAAAUGUCAGUCUAUAAGAGCUGCUACGGUGAACUAUUUGUUAACGGAACUACUUUUCAAGACUACUAACGAAACAACAUGUAUCCAUCAACGUUUGUCUCGUUAUCAUCCAGAAUUCCAGAUCACAACAAUGUCGUAAAAAAAUUGCACGUAUGCGUUCAUGUAAUUUUCUAGUGCAUUUCGAAAGUGAUUUAUAGGUAUGUGUGUAGUAUUUACCAAUAAACCUAAAUUAAUUCUUAAUCAGAUUUAUUUAUGCUUAUAAUUAACACAACUAAAUUGCUUGUUGUGCCUCCAGAUUCGAAUCAUUACAAAUUAUAAUUAGUAGAAUAAGUUAAAGCAGCGAUUCGCAUUUUCCUAUCCAUUUAUACCACCAAUUAUCGCAACUGAUCGAUAAUAUCACCCUUUUCCCAACCAAAGUGAGCUAAUUUCAUCAUCGAACAUGGGAUUGCACAUUUUAUUUGAGAGAUAAAUACAUCACAACUCCAGCACAACCAUCAAUCGGAUGUCACCACGCUAUCAGAUCAUUACAAUGCAGUACCUCAGCAAUAUUUCUAUACUAUUGGCAAUUGGAGUGGCAAGUUGCUUGAGCAACCCUGUUCUAAACACGACCAACUCCACUACUGUGACCACAAUUAAUGGCACUCAACUUCGCCAAGAUGGAGACGGUGACGUGGACGAGGCAAUCGCCGGCUUUGAAACGGUAGCUGGCCCAAUCGGCCAAAUCAUUACGGGGACGCUCAGUGGUAACAUUGGUCAACUUUUCAAUGGAAUCACUGGAACCGUUACGGACGAAGCUGCUCAACCAGGAGUGGGUUCGAUCUUGACCGGUGUAUCCUUACCCCUGUCCCACUUAUGGCAAAGUGGGAUCGCUGCUGGAACAAAGUACUUCAACAUCACGACGGAAUCUCCACUCAAGAACAAUGCGACACAGACGCAGCUCAACAGUGCUGGUCUCCCCAACACACCUGGCAACCAAAACCAGCAGGUGGUGCAAUUACAAAAUGUGGGCACUGCUGGUGCUGUGGGUCAAGCUCAACUUCAACAACAAGUCAUACCAAAUCAGGCUGUGGUUGCUGCUGUUCCACCCCCACCAGCUCAGCCCGUUGAAACCACUACACAGCUCUCAGAAGAUGACGACGAUGAAGAUGAGAACGAUUUAAAUAGAAACAAUGCGAAACUUUAAUGUACAACAUGUAGGAUUUAUUAAAAGUAAUUGAUCAAAUUAAGUCCAUCGAUUAUGCAUGGAUCCUCUAGUUUUAUAUUUUUCCCAAGAAAAUCCCUGAUAUUUGAACCAGAUAAAUGUGAAAAUUAAAACCAACAAUAAACAUAAAAACAAUGCACGCCGUA